AUGUCGGUGUAUUCAUAUGAAAACCAAUUGGGUAUGGAACCAAUUGCUGAAUACAAGGAAUUCAGCCGCCGCAUGACCAAAGAGAAAGCUCCCUUGGCCUCCCAGCAAUGGUCGCAGGUGGACUUUUCAAGUGCCGUCAACAAGACCACAACAGCAUAUAGCAUUAUAGGUCUGACAACGGCACUCAUCAAGAAAAGAUCGAAUGAAUCUUGUGAGGAUGUACUGCUGGAUGACCCGGAAGACGAGGCUAACACAGUAGUGGUGGUAACUCUGAAUUUUGACUAUGGUCUGGUUUUUGCAGAUAAUCUCCACCACUGUAAGGCCGGCAUGUGUUGGACAAGUGGAGAAGAUGAUGAGACAAGAUUGCCGCUUUUGAACAUUGUCCAUGUUAACUUAAAAACAAAAAGUCCACAGAAGAUGAUGUUGAUCGACCGCUGCUCAUUGAAUACAAUGACGAUGGCUUUGCUGAUCGACAUCAUCAAAUUGGCGAAUAAAAACAAAUCACGUGAAACAUUUUGUGGGUGUUUGAACGGCUUCAAGACGGCGGGCACAGUGCUAAAAGUUGUCGGUGCAUCAUGGCAAAAGACCCGGAUUGGGACAUAUAUUCUAAUUGGUGCUGGUUUGCUGGUCAUUGGUGCUUUCUUUAUUGGCUACAUUGAGAGGCCCGAAUACGAUGGCACCUACUGUGCCACAGCAUUUUGGACCAAACAGGUUGGCUUCCAAAUUGAGUAUUGGAAGCAACAAAAUGAUCUUCUUAACAUUCCAAAGGGUGCAGCAAGAAUAUGCUACAAGGAUUCCAUCUAUGAAAAUGGCUGGGCUCAGAUCGAAAUAGAAACGCAACGUUCGUUUCCCGAUUGGGUUCAGGCCUAUGGUGCUGGUAUUAUUGAGGGAUCAUUAACCUGGCAUCAAAUCUACAAUCAAUGGCUAAACACCAUACAUUCAUCAUGCGAACGCGAUGAAGAUGCUCAAAACUUUUGCACCUGGCUGCGGGAUUUGCUAACCGAAAAUUUUCACAAAAUCAAAGAGACCGCCAGCUUGCGGCAAGACCAUGAACAUUAUUGGCAUCAAAUAAAUUUGUUCAUUUUCCAACUGGAGGGCCUAGAGACCGGCUAUCGCCAGGGAGCGAAGAGAGCCCGCUCCGAUCUGGAAGAGGAAAUACCCUUCUCCGAUAUUCUCCUAAUGAAUGCAGCAGCCGACAUCCAGGACUUGAAAAUCUAUUAUGAAAAUUAUGUGCUUGGCAGUAGCAGCAGUAACGAAAAGUCAACAACGCAGAACGGUGAGAGUCAGCCGGCAACUGGGGCGGCGGCAGAAUCUACAGUGGCAAGCAAAAACUUCUUCCUGCCUAGUGCCACAAUGCUUACGAAAAUAUUCCCAUCCGAUGAUGCACCAAGCUGGCAGCUAUUAUUCGGUCAUAGUACUGCUGGAAGCUAUGCCUCCAUGCUUAGAAUACAGAAACGCUACAAAUUCCAUUAUCAUUUUGGCCCCAACCAAAGGACCAAUACCGUUCCCGGUGUGGAUAUCACUUUUACCGGUUAUCCGGGCAUUUUGGCAUCCACAGAUGAUUUCUACAUUGUCAAAGGGCGACAAGUGCAAUCGAUAGUUGCCGGUGUGGCUAUGAAAAACGAGAACUUGGAUUUGUGGAAAUCAGUUAACAUAAAUCAGGCAGUGCCCUUGUCGGCUCGAGUUAUGGCCGCCAAUCGUAUAGCCCAAAACCGUCGCACCUGGGCCAAGGCCAUGACCAAGCACCCUUAUACCGGCUCCAAACAAUGGAUCACCAUAGACCUGAAUAAACUAGCUCCCUUGGAUAAGCUUUACCAGAGUCUGGCCGAAGAUGAAAUUUUGGACGAUAGACCUGCUGCCUUGGAUCCCAACGAUGAGGCAGUCAUCUCUGAGCGCCAUAAUCGGAACAAGGGUCUGGUGUGGAUUGCAGAACAAUUACCGGGGCGAAUGCAUAUGAAGGAUGUUAGCGAGAGAUUUUUAAAUGACAAUACCACAGCGUGGCUAGCAAAUGGGGUGCCUUACUUCGAUGAAUUGCUGGAGGUGAGCAAUGUCAAUGAGGAUCCCUACCCCAAUGACUUGUUGCCUGCGGACAAUGAGGAGCUCACCAACCUGGAGGCUGUGGAUAAAUUCUUAAGAAAUCACGCCUUUCGAGGAGACCUUUUGGGCGACGAAGAAUCUUUGGCUUAUGGCAACACAGACAUCAAAUUGUUUGCCUACAACUCUCGCUUGGGCAUUAGUGAUUACCAUGCAUUUGCUGGGCCAGUGUUCAUGCGCCUGCAACACAUGCAAGUUAGAUCCAUACCAGAGAAGUCUAUGUCCGAUGUGGAGGGCACCAUUAGCUCUUCGAUUCUCGACGAUCGAUUGAGUGUCAUCAUCGAUGAUGCCGCCGAGUUGGCGGAGAUGGAAAUGAUUACCGAACGCAGGCCAGUGCGAAAUGAUAUGCGGGCUAUAGCAAUGCGGCAAACUGGAGCAGGACCCUUUAAGUGGUCUUCUGUCUCGGACAAAAUCGCCGAUAUCGAACAUGCAGGCCACCCUGAUGAGUGGAACUUUGGCAAAGUUUCACCCAAGUGGGCCUGGUAGCUGGUAGCUGGGCUCUUCCAUCUCCUUACCAUUUCUAAGCAUCACGCGCAAUUACGUAGCAUAAGCAAAGCAAUAUUUUUUAUAAUAUUUUUUUAGUCAAUGCAAUUUUUUAGAGGAAUAUUUUGAGAAGGCAAAUUAAGAACCACCAAAUAAUGUUGUACGUUUUAUACAAAAACAUAAUCUACAAAGUCCCAAGCAGACCAGUUGGGAAAAAAUAUAAACUGGAGAAUUUUUAGGAAAUUUCUAACAAAUUUUAUAGCAUCAUCAAAAUUGUAUUACGUUUAUAGAUAUAUUACAAAAAACCCAAAAACCAUAUCAAGGAUUUACGCCAUUGUAUUUAUCAUCCUGUAACAAAAACUCUAUUUAUUGUCAAUAGUUUUAAUUGUGUGAUAGAACAAAAUCAUCGUUGUGCUUGUAAAUGAAAAGUUUUAAGUCUUCCAGUUUGUAGAGAAUAUUUAGCGUUUUUAUAUUCAAAUUAUUGUACAAUUAUAUUGAUACGUAUGUAUCUGUGAAAUAACGUACAACUAAAUGAACAAACAAUUUUUAGAAAAAAAUAUUUAUGACUUUUAAUUUUUGGGGCGUUUUUGGUAGACGCGUAAAACACCGCCCUAAGUUCAGCCGGCUCAAACUGUGGAUAAUCACUACGAGAGGUUUAUUACACAUUAAGUACGUUUUAUGAGUUUAAGACAAGAAGUACAGUAGGAAGAUCGACCUGUAUAGUAGCUACACAGAAAAAAAUAUCACAAACAUUUUUUUCAAUUAAAAAUUUAAUUGAAAUUAAAAAUCUUUCCUAUUAAAAACUAAUUUAAUCAAUAAUUUUUUUAA